UAGCAAUCUAAGCAUCACACCUUCCUGAGAAAAAGAGCAUUUUAGGAAGGACACCACAGAAUCAUGAUUCAUCCAAAGAAGCUGGCUCAACUGGCUAAGAAGUUGCAGAGGCUGGUGGCAGCCGGUGGCCAGGAGACUGCAGACACCGAUGGAUGCUGCAGCACUGCUUCUGUUGCAGACAAGGGCCAUUGUGUCGUGUACACCGCUGAUGGAUCACGGUUCGAGGUCCCAUUGGCUUACCUUGGCACAGUGGUCUUCAGAGAGCUCCUACGGAUGUCUCAAGAGGAGUUUGGUUUGACCUGCGACGGCAAGAUCACAUUGCCCUGUGAUGCCUCUGUGCUGGAGUAUGUGAUGUGUUUGAUUAGGAGAGAUGCCUCUGAAGAGGUCGAGAAGGCAUUCCUGAGCUCCAUAGUGAGGCCUUGCUACACUGCGAGUUGUUUGCCUUCAUCAGCUGGAUUUUAUCAGCAAUUUUCUGUUUGUAGCUAGUGGUACAUGUUUUUUUUCAGUUAGAUAUGUCAGUUGUCAGGACAAUAGGAAAUGCAACAGAGAUCCUAUU